CGAAUGUUAUAUUUAACGAAAAUUACCGUUUUCGUACAUUCGGAGCGAUCCGAAUGAACGAAAAAACAUCUUGAGCAUCUCCGAAUAGCGCCGAUAAUACGAACAGCCAAACAACGAAUACCUUCGGUGAACAACGAAUGCGUUCGGUGAAUAACGAAUGCACUCGUUAAAUAACAUCGUUCGGGGAAUAACGAAUGCAUUCGGGUAAUAACGAAUGCAUUCGUUAAAUGACGAAUCAUUCGGAAAAUAACAAAUCAUUCGGGAAAUAACAUUCGGGAAAUAACGAAUGCAUUCGUGAAAUAACGAAUCAUUCGGGAAAUAACGAAUGCAUUCGUUGUCCGUAAACGAAAGUAAAGUAAUAAUUCUGCAUUCUUUUAAUUGGUCCUUAGGAGGUCAUAUGAUCGGAGUUCAUUGUCACAUGGUACCAUAUGGUAACUUUUAGCCAAUUAGCUUAUUCCAUUCAAUCCCUACUGUAUUGCAGACAGUAAGGCUGUUUUAUUCAGUUGUGAGGUAGUCCUGUGAGACUGGCUGGUGGUGUUACAGUUGCAGUGUGUGGAGAGAGUCACUGGAUUUGCAGAAAUGGACGGUUUACCUGAUGAUAACUUGGCUUCUGGCACAGAGACAACAGGCAAACAAGCUAAGGUAACACCUGCACUUUUUUACAAAAGAGGAUCAGCAGCAAGGCCUGCAGCAAAGUCCCAUGCUUCAUCAAGUGGCCAUACUCAUCAUCAUAUCCAAGAAAAAAAUAAGACAGCCACCACUAGUGCUGCUACUGUGGCCCUUAAUGUCUCGCAAUCUGUUAGACACCAAGAAGGAGAGGAAAACAAGAAGCAGGGCUCACAAUCAGACAUGGACAUAAUGCAUUUAAGUACGCCUCUUCAAGGUGUAGACAUUGGAAGCAUAGAAGAGGAGGUACCCCUUGAUUUCAUUCAUGAUGUGUCCAGUCCUGAACAAUAUCAAAGUCCUGUAUCGCCACUCCUAUUUACAACUGACCUUCCAGAAUCAUCACCACCAUCAUCCUCUGGCUCUUUAGUUGUAAUGGAUACACCACCCUCCCAUUCAAGUAGUGCCACCGUCCCCAGUACAAGGCCUCCAGCUUCCAAAAGCAAUCCCCUCCUGCAAAAUGCCCCAUCUGCACAACCCGGUUCCAGUUCCAGCCGGAAAUCUAAAGUUUGGGAGCAUUUUUCAAUAGUUGGUGAUGGUAGAUCAGCUAAAUGUAAGCUAUGUGGCAGGGAAGUCAGUCGUGGUAGAGUUAUUGGGCAUCUGACUAAUUCUGGCAUGAAUCACCAUUUGCGCACACACCACAAGCCAGUCCUGUUAAGAGAAGACAGUGGGUUGUUGUCACCUCCACCCAGUAAAAAAAGGGCAAGUGCUAGUUCCAGUGCUACCAUCAGCUCACAUAACCUGGACAAGGGGCACAGAGGUGAAGCUGUUGACCCCAGUCAAGCAAAACAGCCCACCUUGGAUCAAUUUAGUGGAUUUCAUUCCAGGGGGAUUUCAAGACAGCAGUCCCGUAAAAUUACCCGCCUCAUUGGCGAGCUCAUAGCCGUCGGGGGAGCUCCCUUUAACAUGGUGGAGGGGGAACCGUUUAAACGUCUAAUGCAGGCAGUUGCACCCCAGUAUGUAAUUCCAUCCCGUACCACAUUUAGUCGCAGUAUAGUACCCUCCUUACAUAAAUCUUGUGUGGAGUUAAUAAAACAGGAGCUAGGCAGAGCCACAGGACAGUCAGUACAUUUCACCACAGACUUGUGGAGUGCUCCCAGUGGGCAGCAUGCCUUCUUAUCACUAACAGCACACUGGUGGCAGCCCAUUGUAAUGGAACCAGCCCAAAUUACAUCAGGGCCAAGAAGCACAGGAGCUGGUGUUGUAGAAAAACAAAAUCAGGGGCACUGCUCAUUCCUACUGCAUGCAGAGGUUUUAGAUGAGCAGCACAGCUCGCAUAACAUAACCCGUGCAUUACAGAAAAUGGUGGCAGAGUGGCUUGGGGAGCAGGCAAAUACACAGGCGAAGAUGGGGUUUGUGGUCACUGAUGGGGCAGCCAAUAUGUUAAAAGCACUGCGGGAUGGCAAAUUUGUUGGUGUCCGAUGCUCCGCCCAUGUCCUCCAUCUUGUAGUAAAGGCAGGUAUAGAUGACACCACUGAGAGCAAUACAAAGCUCUCUGAAGUGUUAGACUCCUGUAGGAAAAUUGCAGGCCAUUUUCAUAGAAGUGUGAAGGACAGUCACAUUUUCAGGCAGGAGCAGAUUAAGGCAGGUCUUCCUCAACA